AUGAUAGGAAAUGUAUUUCGAAACGGUCAAAAGAUCUUUUGGAUCAGCUGUACGUGUAUCGGUACGUACAUCGCAUACCGAUACUGGAAAAAGCGAGAACUUCUGGCAAUAGACGAAGGUUUUGAUGAGGUGUCUAAGAUCGAUGAUACUCAUGAAAAACGAGUGCUCCUAUUAGGUUUAGACGGAGCUGGAAAAACAUCGAUUAUUAACCAAAUAUGUGUUGCAAACGGCGAUGAAACUUCUUACACUGUCCCUCCAAAACCAACAGAAGGUUCUACUGUAUAUAAAAUAAAAAAUGGGGUCCUAUUUUACAAUGUUUGGGAUAUUGGAGGUUCAGAUCCCACUAGAAAAUAUUGGACUGCUUUCUUACAAGACACAGAUCUGUUACUAUUUGUAGUAGAUGCCUCUGAUGUAAACAAAUUAUCUUCCGCAGCUUCUAUUUUGAAACAGUUAUUAAGUGAUGCAAGAAUGGAUGAUAUACCAAUUUUAGUAAUUGCUAACAAGCAGGAUUGUCCUAAUGCUUUGAAACCAGAGGAAGUUAAAAAAGCUUUAGAUUUAUUAAGUAUUUCUCCACAUAAACACAAAGUAGAAAUAAUUGGAUGCCAAACAAGACCUCUUCCUGAAAUGCCACCAGAAACAACUGAGUAUACUUGGUAUCAUGCAUCUAUGGAUUCUGUUAGGAAAAAAAUAUUCUAUAUGGCAAAAGAUAGUGUAUCUGCUCCUUUGUUCUGUUAGAAAAUACUUUAUACAAGAAAACAAGAAGAAAUAGAAGGUUAAGAAAAAAAAAAAAGAAGGAAACAACAGUAUGGCUAGUUCAGCAUAUCCUGUACAAUUUUUCACUGAAUUAAAGUGACUACAGUUUGUCCAGAAUGAACCUUAUUAAGAAAGAAUAAUUCGAGUUUUAAACGAAAGAUAUGAAUAAAUGUGCACAAUUUAUAAGGCUUUCUCAGUACAA